AUGCCACUUUCUAAGUCGCUGUCGAAGAUUCAGAAAAACCUGAAGUCUGGUGGUAAAAAGGUCACAGUUCAUCCAAAUGGUCGUAAAUUCAAACAGCUUGCAAGAGGAACCUUGCGUGAGAAUAAAAUAGCAGCCAAAAAGAGGGCUCAUAAUGAGCGUAGAUCAAAUGAACUGUUCAGAAUUAAGUUUAUCCAGGAUGUGAUCAACACGGAUUCAUUCAAAGAUAGAGAAACGUUCGAUCAUAAAGAGGUUGCUGUAUUUAUUCAACAAUUCAUCUGCCGCGAUGACCCUGAGUUGGAGAGUUUGAAGAAGAAGAGAAGACCAGAUAGAGCACCUUCAAAUAGACAGUUAAUUCUGCAGCAGAAGAGGGACUCGGAAUUCCAGGAGUUCGAGAAAGGGUUUCUAUGCCCAGAUCUAACGGAUGAGAAGAACGUAAAGUUUCUGAGGAACUGGAAUCAAUCUUUUGGUCUGAUGAGCACACUAAAACUUGUUAGGAUAAACUCUCAAGGGGAUCAAGUUGUCGGUGGUAAUGCGCAGCUUCCCGUCACAAGUGCUGAUGUGGAAAUGCAGUGA